AUGAAUAAUUCUUCUGAUACGACAUUGACUAACCGAAAAUCUGAAAGUAAUCACGAGGUGCAUAUCGAGAAUCAUCAUUCAUAUGUUAGAAAGAGAACAAGAGCAACCGCCGAGCAGUUAGCCGUCCUUGAAGAUACAUUUGCAGUAAAUGUCAGUCCUAACAGCAAACUUCGAAAGCAGCUUGCUGAACAACUCAAUAUGAGUGAGCGUUCAAUUCAAAUUUGGUUUCAAAACAGAAGAGCCAAAGUGAAGCACAUGCAAAAGCGAGCACAAAUGCAAAUGCAGCAAGCAGCCAUUCGCGCGCAAUUGUAUCAUUAUCAUCAGCAGCAAUUCGGUAUGUUAUCACCUUAUGGUGCUGCUCCUCCACCUCAUCCCAUGCUUUCGUUACAACCUCCUGCUCUUUAUAACCCUCAUCAAGGCCAACCACAAACACCUGGAGCAGCAGCAGCAGCAGCAGCAGCAGCAGCCGCGGCAGUAGCAGCGCAACAGCAACCUUUCUUCUUCCCACCCCCUCCUUACAUGCGUAGAAUGCCUGUUCCAAGAGCUCAAAGCGUUGACGCUGUGUCUUAUUAUGGUAAUCCUGCUGAUUCUACUCCCGAUUUGACCGCCAGGUCCUCUUUCCCUACACCGGGCCCUGAACCAUUUAUGUCAGAGAGUGCUACUCCUCCUCCACAUCUCUCGCAGCAAUAUACGAUGGCAUCGGUUGAAGGAAGCAGUGUGAAUAAUGGCGGAAGCUGGUCAGUGCCACCCUCUAGUUACUCUAUUCUAGAUGGUACGAACGCAUCAAUGAAACUGUCAAGACAGAGCAUGCCUCCUUAUAACCCUUUAUCACACACUCUCAUGGACGAUUUUGUUACUGCUAAUACUCCUGCUCAUCAAAAUGAACUAGCAACUAAUGAAUUGACAGGUGAAAACUCAAAGCAAAAUCUUACAGAUGAUUUUCCUGAUUUUGUGCACGGUCAAAUGUCUCCUUCUCCUAGCCCUAAGAGAGAAGAUAAAAAUGCCAGUUAUUUCUCUAUCUCAAAUUCCGACACCAAUGGUCAUCAAAAGAAAUCGUCUAACACGGACUCAACAGCGACAUUCAAUAAUGAUACUACAAAGAACGAUGAUAGCAAAAUGAACAAAAAUGUUAAUGAAGAUACCACCACAAGUACUAAUGCUAUUCAUGAGGCAGAUAUGUGGAUCGCAUCACCCAAUGUUGGUGCCUCUUUGGCUACAGGGUUAUCUACGAACGUUACUGCUAAUGCAAACUCCGCUGGUACUACUGCAACUACUAAUGAAGAUGAUGCCGCAACUACCGUAAACCCUUCCAAUUUGACGAUGUCUGGCUCCUCCUCAUCAGGCUGUAGUUCUUUUGAAAAUUCUAAAAACUGCUCUUACCUUAACGCUACGACUCUUACCAUUGGCACUUGGCACCGUCUCAAACUUCAGUCUUCUGAUUUGGUUUGUCUUCACGAAAACGUACAAAACGCUUUCAUGUGGUACAUUACUGAAGGUGGCUGUCGAUUCAAAGUAGAAAUUCCUAUUACCAGUCUUGUUAGUGUCGAACAUUCCACAUCCAUUAUGUCUGUAAGUGGUGAGCCUACAUCAGAUGUUCAUUUUUAUAUGUCCCAACCUCCACUAUUCUACAUGGAAACAAAUACUACUUCCUCCAAUGGAAUAGCAACAACAGCGACUUCGACAAAUUCUGAAAAGGAAACUCAAUGGAUACAAUGCAGUGAUUUCACGGAAAAUAAACAAGCUUCAAGGUUCCUUCGUCAUACUCUAAAAGGUGGUACUCAAUUAAAGCAAGACCUUCUUACUCUUAUCAAUGAAAGAGAAGAUUUGCGUAGAUUCAUUCAUUUCAUAGAGGAUCAUCAUGGCAACAACAACAAUAGUCUUUAUCCGGCUAAUACAAUACCUUCUGCCACCGCAUCUUCCUCUUUUAGCACAACUCCAUUCUUACCAUCACAACAACAACAAGGCUCGAACAUGAUGAUUCCCUCAGCUGCAGCAGCAAACCCUUAUUAUUCUGAUGCUACCUAUUACUGUUACCCAGGCGUUCCUACUGCUUCCAUGCCUCCAUUACCACUAAAUCCGACUUCUACAACUUCUAUGGUUUCUAGCAACGAAUCGCCAGUUCCUUGUGGUGGUUUUUACCCUUAA